CUUCUUCUUCCUCUCUCAAACCCAGAUCUAGGUUUCAUCACAUAAAAUUGACGAUUUGAAGAAGUUGGGCUUCCGUAACUUUGUUAACAUGGAUUUUAUAGAGAAGUUUGAUCUUAUUAGAAACUUCUCUACAAAAAUCCAUCACAACAUGGUCAGAACUUUGUCUAAACGGCUUCCCCCCUAUGAUCUUUUCAUUAAUCAUCGAGUAAUCGACACAAAGAGAACCAUUUUCAGAUUGCUCUACAACCACCUUCGAAUUCUAAUGCAACCCAUUUCUGGGUUGCAUUAGAUACGAUCUGCGGAGCCCAAACCCAAAAAUGACGCAGCACUGCUCACAUUGUAGCCACAACGACACUACUCCAAGACAUGCCCCAACCGUGGGGUCAAGUUCUUUGGGGUACGCUUGACGGACGGGUUGAUUCGAAAGAGCGUAAGUAUGGGAAAUUCAACAAGUAUGCCGGGUCGAAUUCCAAUGUACAUAAUGCAAAUGGGUCAGGUUCGCCUAGGGAAGGACAUGAUCAUGCCGACGAUUAUGCCUCUAAGGAUGUUGUUCUGGGGUCGUCUUCUAGCUGGGAGGGAAAGAAAGAACCUAGAUUUGGGUUUGAGAAGAAAGGAGGAGAGAGAGAGAGAAUAAGAAGAAGAAAGAAGAAGGAUGAGCAGGGAAAGGAAAGGAGGAAGAAGAUAAAGUUUGAGAGAGAACCCAGAUCUGGGUUUGCAGAGAGAGAGUACAUGGUAGUCGAGAUUAGCGUGAGAUCAGAUCAUCUAUUUUUCUUAAAUUAUGGCGACUUACGGAUCUGCUACAAACGGGGAAAAGGAAAACAGCUGGAAAUUGAGAUAUCAGCACAAAUUCAGCUUACCAACAUUUCUGUUUUUCUAACUGGAUUUCACAUGCUACGACAUUCAAGAGGAUCUAUUACUAAGCUGUUAAAGUUAGACCAUAGCUAUGCCUAUGCUACAGAUGGAUGGAACUUGCAAAUCAAAUGAGAGGUUGUUAGAUUCAUAAUGAUGGAGAGCAACUGCACUCACCUUAUUGUUUAUUGGAAGAUCUGUCGUUAGUCCAGAGGACAGUUUUUGUAGUGUGUUCUCAACACCAUCCAAAUGUCCAGGAGAAACCUAUGCAUGGCAAACCACUAUUAAUGAUUAAACAUAUAUAAUGUGGAGGAUAAGUGGAAAUCAAAAUGCUAGCUAGUCUAUUGUUUCAGACCAAAUUUGUUUGGACUCAAGAAAACCUUUUCUACCAACUCAAUGAUUUCCAGAAAAGGUAGAUUGGGACUUGAGUAAUGAUACAUUUAUACAAAAUCCCAAAUCCAGCCCUCCUACUCAACAAGAAACAUCAGACUUAAUAAUUGACUAGUUUUACAGCUUUUUCUUUUAAACGUAAAAUAUAUGAUGAGAUUAGUGAGACAAACCUCUAAAAAUUUAGAAGGAAAAAACAUGGAGAGACCAAAACAGUCCUAUCCCUGCUUUAAAAAUUGGUGAUUUUAGUUUGUUUCAAUGAAGUUUAUUGAAAUGACUUAGUUUUAAGAUGUUUUUCUUCCUAAUUCUUUAGAGAUCCAGCUGAUGAACUUUUUUAUUACAUAUUAUAUAGUUCACCAUAAUCUCUAAAAUGCAUAGAAAUCAGUUUAACAAGUACUCCCUUUGUCUCUGCCACUAAAAUUAACAUGCAUGU